UCCACUGCUCUGUGCUGGGAUCAUGGAACUUCCCCUGCUCUGCACACUGGUGGUGAUUGCUGGUGUGGUUCCAGCCCAGGGCGGGGUGCUGGACUUGAACAAGAUGAUCAAAGAAGUGACGGGGAAGACACCCAUCUUCUUCUAUUGGUUCUACGGCUGUCACUGCGGAUUUGGUGGCAGUGGCGAACCCCAAGAUGCCACAGACUGGUGUUGCCACACCCACGACUGCUGCUACCAUCACCUGAGGUACCACAAAUGCAAUAUCCGUUUCGACCACUACAAAUACAAGUUUUCCCAGGGGGACAUCCAGUGCUCUGACAAGGGGAGCUGGUGUGAGCAGCAGCUGUGCACCUGUGACAAGGAGAUGGCCCGCUGCCUGAAGCAGAACCUGGACACCUAUAAGAACCACCUGCGUUACUUCCGGCAGUCCCACUGCAAAGGCGAGACCCCCAUGUGCUAGGAGGAGCCCCCUGCACUGUGCUAUGCUCCCUACCCUGAUCCUCAGCCUCUUGAGCUCUGGAAGUCCUGCAGGACCACUGCCACCAGCACCACCACCCCUGCACCCAUCCCGCACCCCCGGUCACUGCCCUCCUCCCACAGGAUCUAACCACUGAACCAGCCUGGCUCCUUUAAAACACUCCCCAGAAGAGUGUCUUGGCCUUCCCCCACCACCUUGCCUGUUGGACCUUCUGAAUCUUCCCAGGGAAGGCAGCAGCUGUCUCCCCUGAGGGUGGAAUGGGAUCUUAGGAAAA